AUGAUCCGCACAGUGUUGCACCUCGCCGCGUCUCGUGCGUGGCCGGUGCAUCAGAUGGACGUCUCCAACGCCUUCCUUCAUGGCCAUCUGCAGGAACAGGUGUACUGUCAGCAGCCCAUCGGCUUCGUCGACACCGAGCGCCCCGAUGACGUGUGCUUGCUCUCUCGCUCCCUGUAUGGACUAAAGCAGGCGCCCCGCGCCUGGUACCAGCGCAUCGCCAGCUUCCUGCAUCAGCUUGGCUUCCGCUCCACGCGCUCCGAUGCGUCGCUGUUCGUCUACCGGACCGGCAACGACAUGGCAUACCUGCUGCUAUACGUCGACGACAUCAUCCUGACGGCCUCCACCGCUGGUCUUCUUCGACAGCUCACCGACCGUCUUCGCGCUGAGUUCGCGUUGAAGGAUCUUGGCCCGCUCCACUACUUCCUCGGCAUCGAGGUCGUCCGGCGUGCGGACGGGUUCUUCCUCCAUCAGCGGAAGUAUGCCCACGAGCUUCUCGAGCGUGCAGGGAUGCUUAACUGCAACCAUGCGCCUACUCCUGUCGACACUAAGGCCAAGCUCUCCGCCAGUGAUGGGUCGCUGGCGUCCUACGUGCCGUUCUACCGCUCUAUCGUCGGUGCUCUUCAGUACUUGAUGCUGACGCGACCGGAGCUCCAGUAUGCCGUGCAGCAGGUGUGUUUUCACAUGCAUGCUCCUCGGGAUGCUCAUUGGGCCGCGGUGAAGCGGAUUCUCCGCUACGUAUGUGGUACCAUGGGCUACGGCUUGUCAUUGCAUGCUUCACCUUCGACGUCGACUGACCUUGUCGCCUACUCGGACGCGGACUGGGCAGGUUGCCCGGAUAUGCGCCGCUCCACCAGCGGCUACUGCGUUUACCUCGGCUCGUCGCUCGUCUCUUGCUCCUCCAAGAGGCAGCCCACCGUGUCUCUCUCUAGUGCUGAGGCUGAGUACCGCGCCGUGGCUAACAUUGUGGCUGAGUGCACAUGGCUUCGUCAGUUUCUGUCCGAGCUUUCUUGUCCUGUUGACAAGGCUACGGUGGUCUUCUGCGACGACGUGUCAGCUAUCUACCUCUCCGCCAACCCCGAUCUGAAGAGGAAGAAGCUCCAUUGGUCACGGAAGAAGAAGAGAAGAAGGAAGAACCACUUCAGCCGGUGGCAUCAGCUCAAGGCUGGCUCUGCCGCCCUCCACAGGCUGGCACUUCCGGUGGAAGCACUCCGGCACUACCGGCCGACGCACCCCGACACUGCCGACCUCCACGCAAUGGCACUGCCGGCCCCCUCGCCCCGGCACUGCCUCCAGAAGACGUAG